GUAGACUCUCCAGCAAUCCUCAAAGAGUAGAUCUCUGUCACAUUUCUCUCAAAAGCCACAGUUUGAAAGUGGAGCAUUAGAUGCGAUCACUUGCAUUGUGCCUUCUUCUCUUCGUGAUCUGUGAAAGUCAAAGGAGCGUCACGAACUUUUAUUUUUGACUUUUUUUGUUUCUCAACUUCACGGAUUCAGGUUUGCCAGUCGAGCUGUGCGCCCUCACAGGCUGUCACUGCAGUCUUUGGGCACCGCACUUGGAUUUAGAAAGAAGGAUUUUCUCCCGUUUUCACCGCGCUAAAGCUGCUCUUUAAUUCUUUCGCAUGAAUCUCCUCGAUCCUUACCUGAAGAUGACAGAAGAACAGGAGAAGUGUCACUCUGACGCUCCCAGCCCCAGCAUGUCGGAGGACUCUGCGGGCUCGCCGUGUCCGUCAGGGUCCGGUUCGGACACUGAGAACACCCGGCCGUCCGACAACCACCUCCACUUGGGUGCAGACUACAAGAAGGAGGGAGAAGAAGAAAAGUUCCCCGUGUGUAUCAGAGAUGCUGUGUCCCAGGUGCUGAAGGGCUACGACUGGACUCUGGUGCCCAUGCCGGUGCGCGUCAACGGCUCCAGUAAAAGUAAACCUCACGUCAAAAGACCGAUGAACGCGUUCAUGGUGUGGGCUCAGGCUGCACGGAGAAAGCUGGCCGAUCAGUACCCGCAUCUGCACAACGCGGAACUCAGCAAAACCCUUGGCAAACUGUGGAGGUAGGUUCGCUUUGCAGUCUUUCUUUCUUUCUUUGCAGUGCGUUUUUUACGCGCCGCUGAGCGUAAAAAACGCACUACUUUUCGAUGAAGUAAACGAACGCAGUGUCAGUAACAGCUAUGCAGUGUAGAGAUUUAAUCUUUAACACACUUUUAUUGUCGUAUUAGAAUAUUAGAGCUGAGUUUACGCAUGGAGUUGAAAUAAGUAAACUUUUUGAUGACGAUAAUUUCGUGAAAACCCGAAUUGCAGUUUUUUAUGUGCACACAAGUUGCAUUACUAGUUCAAUAUAUUUUAUCUUGAGCUUCAGGUUCAGUGAAUGUAUUCUCACGUAUGUGCAACUCCCUGUGAUCAUUCCAGAUUGCUCAACGAGGUAGAGAAGCGCCCGUUCGUGGAGGAAGCCGAGCGUUUGAGGGUGCAGCACAAAAAGGACCACCCCGAUUACAAAUAUCAGCCCAGGCGGAGAAAAUCUGUCAAGAACGGGCAGAACGAUCCCGAGGACGGCGAGCAGACCCACAUCUCCCCUAACGCCAUCUUCAAGGCGCUGCAGCAGGCCGAUUCUCCUGCGUCAAGUAUGGGCGAGGUGCACUCCCCAGGCGAGCACUCAGGUGAGAAAAAAAGGAAAAACCUACUCUAGUUACUUUUUGUUUAUGGAUGACUUAUUAAUUUGUUACUGCAUGAGGAAAUCAACUCUUUCGAUGGCUGUGAGGCCUUCAAUAUAUACCUGUUAAUGAUUAAUAUUAAUCAUUAAUGGGUUUUAUAGACUUUGAUGCAAACACACCUGCUGAAGCCAACAAAUUCCUCUUCUGAAAGCAUUUGUAUUUCACUUCAUGAUAACUAGUCCCUUUUCCUUUUUGCAUGUAUGAAUUUGUUUAUCAGAUUGAAGGCCUAACUCCACUUUUCCUCUAACCAGGUCAGUCCCAGGGCCCGCCAACUCCCCCCACCACCCCCAAGACGGACCUCCCCUCCAGCAAAGCCGACCUGAAGCGUGAGGGCCGUCCAAUGCAGGAGGGCACCAGCCGCCAGCUCAACAUCGACUUUGGAGCUGUGGACAUCGGCGAGCUGAGCAGCGAGGUCAUCUCCAACAUGGGGAGCUUCGAUGUCGACGAGUUCGAUCAGUACCUGCCGCCUCACAGCCAUGCCGGAGUGGCCGGAGCAGCCCAGGCCGGCUACACCGGCAGCUACGGCAUCAGCAGCUCCUCAGUCAAUCAGGCAGCUAAUGUCGGGGCCCACGCCUGGAUGUCCAAGCAGCAGCAGCAGCAGCAGCAGCAGCACUCUCUGACCACUCUGGGUGGAGGAGGAGGAGGAGGAGCAGGAGGAGAGCAAAGCCAGCAGCAGAGAACCACCCAGAUAAAGACGGAGCAGCUGAGCCCGAGCCACUACAGCGAGCAGCAGGGCUCCCCUCAGCAUGCCACCUACGGGUCCUUCAACCUGCAGCACUACAGCACCUCCUCUUACCCCUCCAUCACAAGAGCACAGUAUGACUAUUCAGACCACCAAGGCGGUGCCAACUCCUACUACAGCCACGCAGCAGGUCAAGGCUCCAGUCUGUACUCCACCUUCAGCUACAUGAGCCCCAGUCAGAGGCCUAUGUACACCCCAAUCGCUGACACCACAGGGGUGCCCUCUGUGCCCCAGACCCACAGUCCACAGCACUGGGAGCAGCAGCCCAUUUACACACAGCUCUCCAGGCCCUGAGGAGGCCUCAGCACUGACUGUACGACACCCACCCCACCUAAGCAUAGACUUCUUUCUGCCAGGUGCCACCUUUGUGCCACACCCGUCAUUUGCCAACAGAAAAACAUGACAUGGACUUUUUUUAUAGUACUGAAAAUAUAUCUUUGGAUUGGCUCACAACAGUGCCUUUUGUAUUGGUUGGAAUUGUAAUUAUAUUUUUUUAGAUAUAAUGUUUAAAAAAAGUGAAAUCCUCUGUGAGGACAUACUGGUUAUAAAUAUUUUAGUAUGUACUGUGUAUGUGUUCUGCUCUUGUCAUCCACAUAAUCAGCGUCAUCAGCAUCUUCAUCGUCAUGAUUCGUAAGAUUAACACGUUUUAAGGAGCAGGAAAGCCGGGUACGAACACCCUCAGUGGCCUUACUUCACAUUCACGUAUUUCUUGUACAGAAGUAAGAAACGUCUGUUUACUGACACUGCCGUCUUAUGAAAGCCUUCAUCCAGCUUUGAAUUUUUGUACUGUACAUAUCUUACUGUAAUUCCCAUGAGAUGCAAGAAACGAGCAACACAGGGUGGAAAUAGAUUUGAAUCUUUGGCCAUGAAAUGACCGUGUCAUCAGUGAAUUUGUCAAAUAUUCUGCUUUUUCUUCUGUGCUUGAGCUCAAAUUAUUGUUGGAAGCGCUAUAGCAGGUGCCAUGUAAUUCUACUAUAGGGGCCUUACUGUGUUGGUAGAUGUAACUGAGCAACGCUUGCUUUUAUCUGAGUACUGCCUUGAUACCAUUGGUGCCUCUGGAGCCGCAGUAACGAGGCUCCGUCCUCUGGCAUUGCAGUGUCUAAAAAACCAUAGCAUAGUUCAGACUUCCUGCGUGAGGAGAUACAGGAAGCGACCUUUGACCUCUCUCCUCUCUGCAGCCAGCGGCUCUCAAGCUGGCGUGCUUCUUCUUCUUCUCUCACUCCUUACAGCACCGUCCUCUUUCCUAACCUCUUUUUUUUUGUUUGUUUUUUCCUAAUUUAUUCCUUAGCAUUAAUUUUAUUUGAGAAUAACUAUUUGCAAUUAUCAUUUUAAUUCAGCAGCAGCUAACUGAGAUGAAAAGUUUUCAGUGGAAUAAUUUGCUGCCAUAUGUGGUACAAAUUUGUUUAUUUAUCAUUUGUAAAUGUUUCCGUAUAAAAGUUUUCUUUAUUCAUGAUCUAGUUAUGUACAGAUUACUUAUAAUUACACGAUGAGUCUUUCGCUAUAAAAAAAAAAGAAAAACUGGAAUUUUUUGUCUUUUUUUUUUUCUCUCUCUCUUCCUAACAAAUGAAUUAAUGGAUAUGGAAGCUGUGCCUGUUUUUUUUGUAAAGAAUUUGCUGGAAUCAACAGGAGACUUUUUGUUAUUAAAAGUUCUGUUCUUCGUUUUGUAUUCUGUAUCAUUAGUUCUCAUUUUGUCAUCUCCUUAAUGCAGUUUCCGUAGGUAAACAUGGCAUUGUCUUAAAAGCUUAUCUUUUGUAUUAUAUUGUUUGCAAUAAAAACAAAACACUGAGAAAAUACCGG